CACAUCCCGUCCCGCCUCUGCCCCUGCCCGGGGAUGCUGAGCGCUGUCCCGGUGCUCGUGUCCCAGUGCCAGGUGGCCCCUACCCUCUCCCCACAGGCCGAUGGAUCCCGUCGCCCGCUCCUCAGGACAUCCUGUACCGCAGCAGUGUGUGCCGGAAGCUCCGGGCAGGCAGGUCUGGAGCCACCCUGGACUUCGCCAAGCAGCUGGGCCAUUUCUUUGAAGAUCAUCCAGAGGACGCGUUCGGCUCCAUGGGGCGGCUGCUGCACAAGAACUUCUACCUAGGCAACUCCAAACUGAAGAGGCCGGCCCGGAGCAGCACCAUCCGGAUGACGACCCUCAUGAAGGACAUUGACCGCCUGGAGGCCCGGCGUGGCUGCCACCGGCAGCACUUGGCCUCCCGCCUGCGCUGGUUCUCCCACCUGUGCCGUGACUGGCUCUUUGAGGUGCCACUGGGGCUGCUGGCAGACUGCCUGCACGAGGAGCUGCUGCUGCAGUGGUCUGACCUGCUCUUCGACGACAGCCUCACAGGGGGGGCGCUGGCCUGGCUGCCCCCUGGCGACACAGGGUCACGCACCGGCCGCCUGGUGUACCCUGGAGGGCAGGCCAUGAACCACCUCUUUUUCCAGGACAUGGUGCUGGAGGAGCUGCCCCGCGCCCGGGGCUCCCCGGCGCAGUUUGAACUCAGUGGGCGCAUCCGGCAGGUGGCUGCAGCCCGGGUGGAUGGCGAAGAUUUUGUUGGGGUCUGCUCAGACUAUCACUGCGGAGUUUGGAGGGUGCCAGGCAGGACAGGGACAGCUCCCACCCCGCUGCAGGUCAUCCGUACUGAUGUGCCUGCCUCCUGCCUCACUGUCAGCCCUCACCUCCCUGGGGAGCUAGCAGUCUGCACUCAGAGUGGGACCGUCUACCUCUGGAGCGUCGAGACAGGGCUGCAGCAGCUCCGCCAUGACGCCCAGACCAUGUUUUUUCGGGACCAUUCCCCCUGGCGGUGGAGCGACUUCACUGCCCACCCACGGGUGCUGAGCUGCGCCGACCGCACCGGCCUGCAGUGCCUGGAUGCCCGGGCCCCCAAGAAAUGCCACUUCGACUUGUUCAAGGUGGGCGAGGAAGCCGGCUGCCAGCAGGGCGAGCGCGUGGUGCUGCCCAUGUACCUGGGCAGGGCUCACCCCUCACAGUACCUUGUCACCACCCAGUUCUCCGUGUACGUGCUGGACGAGCGGUUGCCGCUGGUGCCUGUGCUGAAGUGGGCACACAUGAUGAAGGCCCCUCCGCUCUUUGCCCACCUGAUGCCAGGGGAUCCUGGGAGGACCCAUAAGGUGCUGCUCGGCGCAUCCCGCACCCAGGAACUGUUGCUGCUGCAAUACCGGGGGGGCAGCCAGUCGGCCUGCCAGCUGGCAGGGGCUCCACAGAAGCUGCACAGCAUCGCCGGGUGCCUGCAGCACCUGCCCACCCAGCUUCCACACCACCACCACCUGCUCCAGCAGCGCCUCGGAGCCCCGGCUGCAGGGCUGGCUGCCACAUUGCAGGGGGAUGGGACGUGCGAGACCAUGCUGGUUUUCCAGCUGUCCGAGGCUGGGGAUGUCUUCUGCCAGAGGCUGACCCACGAGGCAGCACAUCCCCCUUUACCCACCUCGAGGGAUGAGGCCACAACAGCCCCUGGCUCUUCCCCUCUCUUCGAGGCUCCUGCCAGCAGCCCACUGGGCUUGGGCAGUGAGGAAGAAGAGGAGGAAGAGCAAACGUUCUACUUGUCCAACCUGGAGGUGAUUAUCAACGAGGAGGAGGAGAACACAGGCACACCAGCACCCCCAGAGGAAGCUGAACUACCUCAGGAGCCCUGUGCCAGCCCCCAGCCCAACCCAGCUGUGCCCAGCCCAGCUGCAGCCCUGCGUUACCACCGCUGGUUGAGGGCUCUUUUCAGAGGCUGCAGGGAGCCCCCCCAGAACUCCUUGCCCCCCAGCCUCAGCCAGAGGCGCCUCUUCACCCGCAAAGAGCUGGAGGGGCCAACAGGUCCCACUGCCCUGCAGAGGCAGGUGCGGCAGUGGCUGCGCCAGGUCAUGCGGGAAGGGGGCCACAUCCAGCACUGGGAGCCUGUGGCCCUCCAUACCCCUCCCCUGCCGCAGCCCCUGGAGCCAGAGGGGGAUCUGGACCAUCUGAGCACCCGUCUGAGAGCAGCCUGGUCUGGGGACUGGGAGCAGUGGUGGGAGGACAGGACGAGCUUCAGCGUGGCACAGAGACAGCGGGCGCUGCGGGAGCGGCGGCGGCGGCAGAAACGAGCACGGGGCCGGCGCAGCCUCUCGGCCAGUUUUACGUCCUCCCUCACCUACCAGUCGGAGCUGUCUGAGCUCAGUGAUGCAGGACCCCCGCUGCUCUCCCCUGGCCGCCCACACAUUCUCUCCCAGGAGGGCUCCCCCUCAGCCAGCAGCCCCCUACCCGGCAGCCCCCCAGCCUCGCCAGCACCCGAUGAAGCCCUGCUGUCCUCGCAGAGCCUGCACAGCCGCGGCAUCCCCAAGGAGCGGCGGAAGACGCUGCGGGACUACCUGUCGGUGUGGGCUGAGGUGCCCCCUGAGCCCCCAGAGCUCCCUGGCAGCCAGGCCAGCCAGCUCUGCAUCCCCUCCUCCCAGAGCCAGCUCUCUUCUGCCUCGCAGACCCGCCGCAAGCGGCCGCGCAUGGGCUUCUGAGCGCCAAUAAACCCGCCUGGGACAGCCUC